AUGAGUGAUGGCCAGCAGACGACCAUCGGCCUCCCUUUACAGAGAAUAAUGAAAAGACCUGCUGAACCAGCUUUGGAGGAUGAGAUGCAAAGGCAAGGCCCCGGCGUCCUGGUGGAACAAGCUGCUUCGACUGGAGCCAUGGGCCAAGUCUCUAUGCCAACUUUGAGGUUCACAGCCAAACAGCGGCAGAGGGAACCCGACACCCUGUUGAACAUGGCACCUCCAAAGAAGUAUGGUAUCAAGUUUGUCAAAAUUCGGCACAAGGCAAGGCAAAUCCAAGAUAAACAACAGAGGAAGGAACAGCCGUGGAUCAACGACUUCCCAGGACCGAAGGACAAAGUCUGGCCCGGGGAUGAGUGUUGGAUCAUUCCAAUUUUAGACCAUUACGUUCGGGUGGCAACAGACUCUGAUUGCCAAAAUGAGCUGCAGAAAGGCUUUGAUAGUUUGUAUAUGGUCGAUAGUUCUGAAGCCCAAACUGUGACAGUCAUUGAUAAUGAUUCAGGUUCAAAGCUUAAGGAGUUUGUGGAAGAGUUCGCGUCAGAUGGCAAGGUAGUCCGUGACGAUCUUCCAAUACGUUGGCACACCUAUCCUGCAGAUGCUUUUCCCGCAGCGGUAUGCAAAAAAGAUCAGGCCGCUGCCUUGCUCAAAUUGUUGACAAACCACAAUUCUGGCGAUGGUUUCCGGACGACGGAGAGGGCCAAGGUUGUAACUUAA